AUGGAGUGGUGGAAGAUUCUGUCUGCAGCGGUUGCAGACAAAAUAUUUCACGUACUACUUUAUGUGAUAACUGCAACUACUUUAUCUCCACCUUCCGUGAAGUUGGAUCAUGCCAUCUUCACUGGCACCACUAACGGAAGUGUUUCAGCAUUCUUGGGUAUACCUUACACGCAACCUCCAGGCACUUACGAUGCUUCGGUCUACGGGUUGAUCUGUCCACAACAGACCACCAGAAUCCCUUUUGGGAACUUGACUGCUGAAACUGAAGCUAUUCUUGCCUCUGUACUUCUAAAUGCCAGUCCACAGAGCGAGGAUUGUCUUACAAUAAAUGUUUACAAGCCGGCCAAUGCCACGCCAAGCUCAAAGCUACCUGUAGUUGUGUUCAAGCGUGUAGCUGCCUUCCUUGGUGAUAUCAAUUUCCAAGGCCCUCGCCGGUUCCUCUUGCAGGCACGUUCUGGUCACCAAAAGACCUGGUCUUUCCUUAGCAAACGGAUGAAGGAUACUCCCGGGCUUGGCGCUUUCCAUGGUUCAGACAUAGACAUCAUCUAUGGUUCUGCCGAUAUGACGGACUACUUAAUCCGUUCGUUUCGUGGCAAACCUUGA